AUGAUAUCCUACAGCUACUACGACCAACUGAGCCAGAAUUUACGAGCCGCUGACCAAUGGGACAUCAUUUCCAAUCGUACCGUCCAUCGACUUCUAGCACAGCAAAGACCACCGACAAUCUCACCGGCAGUGGAGUCGGGGACGGUAAAAGAUGCUCAAGGAUACAUCAAUCUGACGUUCGCCGUGAACGAGAGCUUAGGUGUCGGUUUCAAUGUGAGUUUAAACGUAACGGUCGGUGAAGUUGAAACCGGCAGCCCCGGUUCCGCCGAUGGUGGCAACAAUGGUACGUUACCGUUCGCGAUGCGUGAUACGUUGUGGAUCGUCGUACCGAUAAGUGUCAUCUACUCAACCAUCUUCGUAAUCGGUGUGCUUGGUAAUGUCAUCACCUGCAUUGUUAUAUCGCGCAAUAGGUCCAUGCAUACCGCUACCAAUUAUUACCUUUUCAGCCUAGCUAUUUCGGACCUAUUGCUACUGAUUACAGGCGUGCCCCAGGAUAUCUACAGCAUUUGGUACAGAUUUCCCUAUCCCUUCGGGAACACUGUUUGCAAGAUGGCAAGCUUUGCUUCGGAAUCCUUCGCCAACGCGACAGUGCUCACGAUAACGGCUUUCACUGUGGAAAGGUACGUCGCCAUCUGCAAGCCUUUUCUGUCACACACGAUGUCCAAACUGUCGCGCGCAGUCCGGUAUGUGAUAACAAUUUGGUUGAUAGCCUUCAGUCUAGCCAUACCGCAGGCCCUUUCGAUGCAAAUUGACACAGAGUUUCGUACGUGUACGGUGCGCCAAGAGCAAACGAAGCACGUGUUCUUCAUCUCAACGGUGCUCGUUUUCGUGUGCCCUAUGAGCGUGAUAACAGUUCUGUACAUUCUGAUUUGGUUGCAGUUGCGUCGAUCUAAGGUUGUCCGUAGCGGGACGAUUCGAAGCUCGAGUGUGCGGUUGAAGCGCAGUAUCCUCAAGCGCAGCUCCCAACGCACGGUCGUUACGCUACAGUGCGAUCCAAACGAUUCACCGUUACAUCACUACAGUGAGAGUGUGCUCUCUAGCACCCUGCAGCAUCCCAGACUCUCCGACACUCUGCCAUUGCCGACGUCAUCCUUUCUGCACUACGCCAAAAGCUGCCCAGCGAGCCCGGUACGGAGGCAUCGUCGUUCGGAGGACGCAGCAAGAGAGUCUGCACUGUCGCUUGGCAGACCGUCGCAUCCUCAGCUGCACCAGCAUCACAGGCGCAUGCAAAGUUUGGUACCGUCCCGUUACUGUGCGGCGGGUGGCAGCUCUUCUGUAGCGCUGCGAAGUGGCAGCAGCACGGCAAGCGUUGCUGGUAGUCAUCCAGGGCUGGAACAGCAGCUGUCCGGAGCCUCCGAGGAUGGGCGAAUCAACUAUUCGACACGUGCACAGUACAAAAGCACGCGGCAUGUGGUGAAAAUGUUGGUGGCUGUCGUUAUAGCGUUCUUCCUCUGCUGGGCACCAUUCCACGCGCAGCGGCUUAUGGCAGUCUACGCAAACGACCACAACGAGAACGCUGACAUACGGACGGCGUUCGAAAUUCUGACGUGUGUGUCGGGCAUACUCUACUACAUCUCGACCUGCAUCAACCCGGUGCUGUACAACAUCAUGAGCCACAAGUUUCGCGAAGCAUUCAAAGAAUGUAUUGUGGCACUCAAAUUCAAAUAA